GAACAGCGACUGGUUUGAAAUAUGUCAGCUUAACGUCGGUUUAUUCAUUAUCGUGCUAUUCUUUUCUUUUUCCUGUUUAUCAAUCGAGCGAGAUAAUUCCUCGAGAGAAGAAGAUUCCGUUGGCAAUGAGACGCGCAAAGACUAUCUUUCCCCUUGUGUUAACGAGUUCGUCUCGCCGAACACGCCGAGAACGAAUGACUCGUUCUUUUUCUUCAUCGAAUGAAUUCUGUGUUGCAGCCGUUGUCUAAAGGUAUUCCGCAGAUUUCGACGAGAGGACAGAUGGAAAGGCGGCGGCCACCGUUUCUUAGAGGGCCUAACAAGACGAAAGAGACGGACAAGAAUACAACUAGUAAAAUGGAUUCGUCACGGAGCACCACCAGCGGUAUAGGGGAACGUAGGGAAGACGACGAUCUAUCUCCGGAUGCAUUGGUCAGACAAAAUUGUGAAUUGCGCCAUCGUCUCGAAGAGGAAGCUGUUAAUUACAAAAGACGGCUGGAUACGUAUAGACAAAAUCAGCAGCAUCAGGCAGCCCUUGUUUCUCGUUUACAAGCCAAAGUUUUACAAUACAAACAAAGAUGUUCGGAGCUGGAAAACCAGGUGGCAGAGACCGGCGCGUACGAUUCUAAUAAACUGUCCAGUUCUAUACCAGUAAUAACCACUCCGUUAGACGCAGCGCACCAAACGUUAAGGGAUAUGCGCGAAGAACAAAUUCAUGAUUUAGACACUGCCUUAAAAAAGCUUGCGGAUGAACGUAAACGAUGCGAAAAAUUGUUACAACUAAAUACAACGCUCAAAGAUCAAUUGGAAGAAUCGCAUCAGACAAACGAGGCCCUCACUAACGACCUACAAAAAUUGAGCAACGACUGGGACAUACUAAGGGAAGAACUGGCUAUUAAAGAAGACGAAUGGAAAGAAGAGGAGCAAGCAUUUAAUGAAUAUUACACUUCAGAACACAAUAGAUUAUUAAAUCUGUGGCGCGACGUUGUCUCCGUGAAACGAUUAUUUGCAGAGAUAAAAUCUAAUACGGAAAGAGACCUAUUAAAAAUGAAAAAUGGUAUCAAUUCUACUUUUAACGACGUUUCAUCGGCUUGCGCCAACACAGGAUUUGCUCUGAAGAUGCAAGCAGCCGUGCAGCCAAUGAUAUCGCAACAAGUUCAUCAAGCACAGGAACAGGUAGCGACGGAUUUAAAAAUUGAAUUAUCAACGCUUAAACAACAGUAUGACAUAACUCAAAACGAAAAUCGCAUGAAAGAAGAGAGAAUUAACCAGCUUAUUCGUGACGUUCACACUUUGGAAGAGAGAUGCGGGGAAGCAGAAGCGGAGAUACAACGUAACGUGCGUGCCCAGGACGACGUUGAAAUUCUGCAAUCCGCGUUGAGAGAAAUAGCGCACGCCGUGAUUCAAGAUGCAGAAGCACGUGAGAUUGAAAGCACUCAAGGACCGUCUCACCUACAUUUGACACCUAGCGUUCCAAUUCCUCAGAAAUCACCGAAAAGAGGUACAAGAAGCAACACCAUCCCAGCUUUCGCUGAAAGUACGAUCAGUGCUGUGCAAGCAGCGCUGCAUAAAUAUCAGUUGACUAUACACGAGCUUCAGGUGAAAUUGCAAAGCAAUAAAGAACAAUUGGUGACAACCCGAAGGCAGUGCGAGAACGCGGAAGAAAAUAUCAAAACGUUGGAGAAACGUGUGCAAGAGUUGAUUACCGAGCUGGACACGGCUCGAUCACAGUGUUCGCAGCUUAAUCAAGAGAAGGACAUGUUGCAGAAGGGUCUUGACACCGUAAGAGUGGAAAAGAACGCACUGGACAAGAGUAGGAUCGAAAUUAACAGCAUGAUGGAGAAUUUAAACAACGAUUACGAGAAGCUUCAGAAAUCUAACAAUAAAUUACAAAAGCUCUGUGAUAAUCUCGAAGAUGAAAAGCUGUAUCUGCAAAGCGAAUUGAACAGAGUUUCCAAAGAAGCAGAGUUAAGAGAAAUAAAUCUCCAUUCGGAGGAAGACAGAUGUAGCAAAAUGAGAGAGGAAUUGUUGACCUUGCGAGAAGAGUUGAACAAAGCUUAUUUAACUAAGGACAUGUUGGAACAGCAAAAAUUAGAGACCGACAGUUUAAUUUCGCAAAUCGAAAAGAAUAAAGGCGACUUGGAACUGGAAUUAGAACGCGUGAUAUUGGAAAAAUCGGACGUGCAAGAGGUCCUGAUGAAGAUGGAAACGGUUUGUAGUAAUCACGAGCAAGAGAAACAGCGAUUACAGGAGGAGCUGAAGAAGGUGACGGAUGAGAAAACAAAAUUAGCAAAUCAGUGUACAGAUCAACAAGGUGAUCUAGGUUCCCUGAGGAAGGAGUUACUGCAGGCGGAGCAAAUCAGGCUAGAUUUGGAAUCGGAAAAAGCUACGUUAAAUGAGAAAGUGAAAUUUUUGGAAAUCGAGAAGGAAAAAACUGAAAUAGAACUGGCGCAGGUCACGCGAGAGCGUGGAGAUUUGAGUAAUCAAUUAUCGGUUCUAGCGAGAAAAAAAGAAACUUUGAACGAAGAAUUGAUGAGACUCAGGCAGAGAUUGGAGCAAGCAAAUGAGAUGAAUGGGAGGAUUAAUCGAAACUUGGAGGAUUUGAUAAAAGACAAUGAGGAGAAACAGGUGCUUCUGGAGACCAAUGAGAAAGAAGUGCAACGAUUGCAAGAGCAACUUGCAUCGAUGCGCGGUGAGAAGGAAACACUGGAAGGGGUCCUAUUCGACACACAAACUAAUCUAGAGAGUAUGCACGCAAAGAAGACGCAGUUGGAGAAGGAACAAAAAGAGUUACUGGUUAAUAAAGAGAGCUUGAAAGGGCAAGUAGAACGGCUAAUAAAGGAUUUGGAAAACAACGAGAAGCGGGCACAAGAAAUGAAGCAGAGCUUGACGCAGCAAAGCGGGGAUCAAGAGGCUGAAUUCCAUCACAUUAUCUCCAAUUUGAAAAAACAUAGCGAAGAUAAUAUUAAAAAGUUGAACGACGAGAAAGAACAAGUAAGGCUUAGUCUCGAGAAGCGACUUCAGCAGUCCCUGCUGCAACUUAGCGGUGAAAAGGACAACGAGAUCAAUCAGUUGCAGCAGAGGAUCGACGAGAUGCAGCAACAGAUGGAAAACUUGUGUCAGACGCACGAGGAGGUUCUUCUGAGGGCGGAGAAUGACAAACAGCAGGCUCUAUUAAUGGCUCAUCACGAUCAACAAGCACUACUGGACAAGCUCGAGAGUGUUUUACGAGAAAUGGAGGAAGAAAAGAACAACGUGGAGAGAAUAAAGAGGGAAGCAGCUGCACGCGCUGAACAAGAACGCAACAGUACUAAGCAAUUGCGCGAUGACUUGAAUCGUCUUAAGACAAAAUUGGACGAGACCAAAUUAAAAUCUGACGAAGAGAGGAUAAAGCUUGAUCUGAAGAUCGAAGAGCUGUGGAAAGAACGGGAAUCGGCACAGAGGGAGUCGGAAGAAUUGCAAGUUCAAUUGCAUAUGACGGAGGACAAGGUCGACAGUCUACAAAAUCAGUUGCAGGAGACAGUGAGAAAACUUAAAGAUGCUGAAACUCUGAAUGAAAGCCUGCGGAAAGAGUUAGUGGAUAUUAGAAGGCAAUUAGCUGACUCUACGUACGAAAAGGAGAAGUACCAUAACAGUAACAAAGAGUUACGGGAGCACGUGAAACGCAUCGAAAGUGAAAAGAGGGAACAGAGUAGGACGUUGGAAGAAUCGUACCAAAAGAUUGCAGCUCUGGAGGACAUGAAAGUAGCUAUAGACGCAGAGAGAUCACGUAUUCAGACACAAUUGCGUGACAUGGAACGGGAGACUUCGCAGUUGCAGAAACAAUUACGGUUCACACAGGACGAAUUGCAAAAGUCUCACGAUAGUAAUGCCCAAGCACAGAGCGACGAGAAAGAGUUGCAAGCUCGACUGGCGAACGAGACAGAGGAAAGAGAACGUUUGCAGCUGCAACUGCAUCAAGUGAAGAAACAGUUGAUAGAUGUGGACAACAGUUUGGAAGCCACGCGACAAGAGCUUGGGAGACUGCGUUCACGCGCCGAUGAGGAAGAUGAGAGAUGGAGGACGAGGGAACAGGAGUUACUGGUUAGACUGGAGGACUGUCGAUGCCGUGAGAGAAAGCUCGAAGAUCAAAAACAUAAUUUGGAAGUUUGCUUGGCUGAUGCUUCCCAACAAAUUCAAGAACUAAAAGCACGUCUCGGAGGAUCCGAAGGACGAGUCAGAGCUCUGGACGCUCAGCUAUCGCAACUUGAAAUCGCAAAGAAAGAAGCUGAACAGAAAUUGAGCAGCGUUGGUUCUACCUUACGACGUAUCGUCGGUAUUCAAAUGGAUGGAAAUGUUAACAUGCCGUUCAAAUUGAUGAGUCCUUCGAGAAGAUGGAGUCCAGCGAGAGGUGAGCAAUCGAUCGAUCAACAUCGACGAUUAGAUAACAAUUUGGCUUAUGAUUUAGCUCAAGAGCACACCGAUUCCGGCAGAGACGUGAUAAUCGAUGUUGAUCCUGAAGCAGUUAGAAAAGGCGUGCGUUCCUUCAUGCAACAAGUGGCGCAAAUUGAACGCGAAAGAGACGAUUACAAAACAGAGUUGUGCAACUUGAAGAAACAGCUGACAGAAACUCAAGAGGUACAGAACAAGUCAGACACUCAAAUAAAUACGCUGUUGGCUAACAUCAGAAUGCUGCAGGAUGAGAAGAACUCUUUGGAGAUGAAACUGUCUCAGAAACAGGGCAGUUACGACAUGCAGCUGAACGCUUUGCAACAAAAGACAGAGGAAUGCGAACAGCUGCGCGAGAAACUGGCGAACCUCGAGCUAAUGAUCAGCAGUAGCACCGAAGAAAAGAUACAGUGCGAGGAUAAGUUGGAAAAGAUGAAGCAAGCUUUGAAUCGAGUAGAAAACGAGAAGCGCAAUUUGCAAGAGGAGCUCAAUAGAAGCGAGUCCCGUGCUACUAAACUGGAAUUGCAGAGGAUGUCGUUGGAGGGUGAUCUUCAAAGACUGCAGAUGAUGUUCCAAGAGAAAGAAGCAAAUAUUCAUAAACUGCAAGAGAGAAACGAGACUCAGAGCAGAGCCAUGGCAAGCUUGGAGGAACGCUGUGCUUCGUUAAAAUCAACGAUAGAACAAUUGAACUUAACAUUGGAGAAGGCGUCCAAUACGGAGAGUGAAUUGAAGAGUGAAAUUAAUUGUCUGCAGCGCAAUGUCCUAGAAUUGACGACCUCUUUGCAGACAUCCAAUGAGAAAACCAAGCAGUUGCAAAAACAGCUAACAAAUACUGAAAAUGAGCGAAGAAUUCUGACAGAGCGCGCGGAGUCCUCGCAACAGUCCUUGAGCGAGUUGAAACGUACGAAUCAGUCGUUAACAGAUCAAAUAAAUCGAUUGCAGAACGAAUUGGCGAACAACGAGGUGCAACGUUGCACCUUGGAGUCACAAUUAAGGAUAGCCAGUUUUCCGCAGGAGGAAACAACGAACAAGGACGAGGAGUUAAUGCGUCAGCUGCAAGCAGCGCAGAGGGAGAGGAGCGAGAUGAGAGGAAAAGUGGAUGCACUUGGCGACAAGGUAAAAAUGUUAGAAGUCGAUAAACGUAAUUUAGAACGUCAAAUAUCAUUGGCCAAGUCGACCAGCGUUCGCAGCAAGAGCUACGAAAGGCCAGAAAAAGCACACGCAGAACUGUUGGGCACUAGUUUCGAUGUGGACCACUACGAGCAAGAAAACAGAGAAUUAAGAUUGAAAGUCCGCAGACUGGAGACUCAGCUGGCGGAGAAAGAAGCAGAGCUCAUAAGAGUGAAGUCGGGUUACGUUCAUAGUCAUUCGAUGUACGAAUUUAGUCGGGAUAGAUCUGGAGAAGUUGAGAGACUCAGGGCCGCGCAACUGCAGGCAGAGAAGUUGUUGGAAGCAAGGGAGCAGAGCCAUCGUCAGCAAAUCCUACGUCUGGAAAAUCAGAUUCAACUAUUGCGGGAACAACUGAAUCAGGAGAUAAAACGCAGACAAUUGUAUGUAUUGAGAAGUUCAAGGGCUGGUAGGGAGAUGCAGCAAUUGAGGCAAGCUCUGGGCGACUCGUUGAGAACAGUGGCCCAAGAUCCAUCGCUGGACGCAGUAUUAUUAGAACACGAAGCCCGUAAGCUGGACUCGACUUUAACGAGUACCACCAGUUUACCACCAUCGUUGGCUUUACCACCUCCAUCGCCGUACGACAGAUCUUCCACGCCGGCACAACUCAAAUAAAUCGUCGCUCCGUUUCAGACUGAUUCAGACUCGACAACUGCCAAUAUUCAAUCGUUAUUUGCCAGAAGAAUAGAGUAGAAACGAUUCUUCCACUCGUAGGAACAUUCAUUCUAGUCCCAAGUGUACUUAAAGAUUCAUCCGCGGGUCUGCGUACCUUCGCCUAAACUUCACUUUAAAAUUCUUGCGGAAGAAUGGAUUUUCUCGUAAUCUCUGGUUCUAAAGCUGGAACACAACUUUUUCAGAUCAUUUUUUAUAUGAAUUCGGCAACAAAGGUCGAAGCUGUACCAACGGUACAGUAUAAUAUCGUAAUUAAGACAGUUCUUUCUUUUUGACAAAGAAUUUCUAUACCCGUACCAUUUUUAAUAUUAUCUAAGAUAAUACUAAGAUAAAACGGAAACGUACUUAAAUCUCAGUCCGUCCACGCGUUGCGCAGACUUUCGUUUUCUGCAGUAAUUGCGUCUAUAAGUUAGUUUUUAAUUGAUUUUAGCGUUAUUGGUUGUUGAUUUGAGAAUAUAUGUAUAUCCGGAUUGCGAAGCAUGCGCUUAUGAUCCGUAUAAUGGAAAGCACUUUCAGAGUAAGUUGUACUGGCAAGAGUAAUGCUAUCUUUGGUCUUGUUCCGAGACCAAAGAGAAUCACCGAGCAAAAGCAUUGUAGAGAUAUGCUUCUGAUAGAUGAAUAACUGAAGUCUACCGCGUAGCCAUAGGAAGUAGAACAUGGUACCGUAGAAGGAGGUAUCAAAGGGCAACGUGCACGUAAGGGUUGGUUCGACGAAUUGGAUUGUGUCUAUUCUUUAUCGUUAAGAAUAUAGACAUCUAAUCCAGCCGAAAUAUUUAGCUGGCUUAAUCGAGCUGUCCUGUUUGCGGAUCAUGGAAACAAAUUCAUGUGUUCAGAGACCAUUAGUUUCUCUUUUUCAGUACAAACGUAGCACAAAUAACAGAACGUACUAUUUUAUUAGUACCUUUGCACCAUACAGACUUGAUUGUUACGACGUUUUUUUAAUAGCUCAAUCAAGCCAAUUAUAGAUAAUUUAAGUACUCUAUUUUUAUGUACAACGUAUCCUUUCGUAUAUAUGUAUUUAUGAAAUGGUCAUUUCCGAAAGACACCGGAAUCAUCUACUUUAAUCGACGAAAAAUUCUAUCGAAAUAAGUAGUUUUUUUUCAAUUCUAGUCACGGAAAACAAACAUUUUAUUAUAUGUUUAAUGUUCAUUUUUGUAAAACUAUGUAUACGUACAGAUUAUAAAUAAACUAUUGCAAAUUUCAUGUUCAUGCGUUUACAAAAAAGA